AACCAAGUUAGUGUCUCAAGGCAUACAAUUGUCACCGAGGGCAACGUUUGCAUUGCCUCACUCGUACUACAGGGAUCCCGAGAUACCCCGUCGUCCCGUACGGGUGGGCGGCGCACAGCAUGCAGCGUGUAACCGUAUGCAGAUGUCAAUUAUCACUUGAUUGGCCCAAUAAUAGAAUCUGUCUAGGUUCCCGUCCCUCCAAUUCGGCUCUUCUCGUAUUCCAGAGGGACAGUAAAAAAGAACGCCUUCCCGUCAUUCCCACACCUCACCGCUCGCAACUCAAUUUUUAUUUCCUUGCCACGAACCCAUGAUAGUCAUCUCAAACCGCUUUCCUGGCUAAACCAACAUGGCACCACCGUUAUAUCGGCGCGAGGAGAAUGACGCAUUCGAUGCGCACACAUCAGCUACACCAGAAACUAGAGACACCAGCAACUCAAUGGCGCCUUGGUUAAUAGCUGUAAUCGUCAUCGGAGUGCUCGUUGUAACAUCGCUGAUCGUAUUUCUGACAUUACACCUAACAAGAAAACGGCAACGAAUCCCCCAAAAGGAUCAGGCAGACCCGCUGGGCAAAGACUUUAAGAAACGGAAGAUGAGGUCGACGGACAGGCAAGCAGUGGAGGAGAUUGAGCGGGUUACGAUGAUCCGGAAGUCCCUAGCGAGCCGAACCUCGUCGCGGAACUCUCAGGUGUGGGGGUCUACAGAAUAUCAAUUCCAAGAGCUGGACCAGGAAGACCGAGAGCCCGUCGCCCCGAGAGAACAGACAGAGCAAAGAGAAAAUUGGAAGGAAUUCGAGGCAGGUCAGAUACUGGUUCCUGGUGUUCAAGACACGCAGAUGGGAAUCCACCCGGCUCUUCUACCGCAACCUCAAUUAGCCGUUCCGCCACCGUCUCGAACCCCUUCUCCGAGUCGGGGACCGCAACCACCUCGAUUAAUCAUCCCUUCAUAACGAGAGAACGAAUUUAUUAGGUUAUAUAUUUCCUACGCCGCUUUGACGCAUUUUUUAUUUAUAGAUGGAUCUUGGAAGGUUUAACGGCGCAUAGUAAAUAAUACCCUCGGAGACAUCGCAUAGGCGUUUUAGGGGCGAGCAUUGAUGGGUACUGUCAAUGUCUAAGGUAUCUAUUCAU